AUGGAGAUGUCCAUGGCUCACACAAGCAUGCAUGGGCCCUUCGACGGCCGGUCCCGUCAACCGCUGCUAGAUAGUGAGCAGCAAGGACGAAUGUCGGCCAGCAGUUUUAGGGGUGGUGACGCAGAAGGCAGGCCUAUGCUUCACCAUUCGAGACGGUCGACAAUGCGAAGUAAAAGUCCAGAGGGCAGUGCAGAUGCUCUUGCGAAACAGCAGACUCGACAAAAAUAUUAUAUCGCAUCGGGGUUUUUACUGCUAAGUUUGGCGAGCUUCGUGGUUCAGACGGAGACGGCUGUGUACAUUCAACAUGACCUGGGGUGGGACAAACCGUAUUGCAUGCUGUACCUUACUCACGGUUCCUGGUCCCUGCUCUGGCCAGUGCAACUCCUGAUACUUCGACUGCAGAAACGAGGGCUUUCGUGGGAAGCUUUCUGGCGCCGCCAUGUGUAUCUGCUUUGGACCACGGGUCAGAUGGUGGAAUCUCAGGACCUGCACCUAACAUCCCGCGAAACUCACCGGUCUCCAAUUCCCUACCUCCUCAAGACAACAGCAUUUGUGACAAGUGCACUUACGAUAGCCGGCGGUUCUUGGUAUGUUGCGGUCAACCAGACCACUGCCAGUGAUUUGACGGCGAUUUACAACUGUUCUGCCUUCUUUGCCUAUGCAUUUUCGAUUCCGCUUCUCAAGGAAAAGCUACGACUAGAUAAGGUGUUAUCCGUGGGCGUGGCUAUUGUAGGGGUACUUAUUGUCGCAUAUGGAGAUGGAGACGAAGAUGAUGGAACAGGCAAGGACGAAGGAAGACACGGUGCUACUAGACUUGUGGGAAAUCUUAUUAUUGGUGUCGGUAGCGUGCUUUAUGGUUUGUACGAGGUGCUGUACAAGAGGUACGCCUGUCCUCCAGAGGGAACCAGUGCUGGCCGAAGCAUGAUCUUCGCCAAUACCUACGGCAGCCUUAUCGGGUUAUUUACCCUACUUGUCCUUUGGAUUCCACUGCCAGUUCUCCACAUUCUCGGGCUGGAGACAUUCCGGUGGCCGACCGGCGAGGCCGCGUGGAUGCUGAUAAUAUCAGUUAUUGCCAAUGCUACUUUCUCCGGGUCCUUCCUAGUUUUGAUCUCUCUUACUUCACCUGUUCUCUCAUCUGUCGCGGCCCUUCUCACUAUUUUCCUCGUCGCAAUCGUCGACUGGCUUCGAACAGGCCACCCGCUCGCGAAGUCCUCUAUUGCCGGUGGUGUCUUAAUUAUGGUAGCGUUCUUCCUCCUAAGUUGGAGUACCUAUCGGGAGAUGAACGAGGAACGAAAAAAGAACAUCGAGCAAGACGCCGCCUCGUCCGACACCGAUGAAUAA